ACAAAAUUUCUUUCUGAUAGCAUAACAACUAAGAAAAAAACCAAACACUAUCUUCUUCUUCUGACAAGAAAAAAAAAUCAAGAAAAUGUCAGUGGCAUCAUCAUCUACAUUCCCUUGCAUUAAAUUCCAAAAUUACCCUUCUUAUUCAACAAAGCCUAUAAUACUUACUAUAAGAAAUUCUCAAGCUGAAGGUCCAAUUAGAAGACCAGUUGCUCCAUCACCACCUAAGCCUAGUAAUAUCCCACCACCAAUUAUUACUACUACUGCCCCUCCUAAGCCUGUGGCUGUCACAACUUCUGAGGGUAAAAAUGUAAUUACACUUGAAUUUCAGAGGCAAAAGGCUAAGGAACUUCAAGGAUACUUUAAACAGAAGAAACUUGAAGAAGCUAAUCAAGGCCCAUUCUUUGGUUUUAUUGCCAAGAAUGAAAUCUCUAAUGGAAGAUGGGCGAUGUUUGGUUUUGCUGUUGGGAUGUUGACAGAGUAUGCAACGGGUUCUGAUUUUGUCGAUCAAGUUAAGAUCCUUCUCUCCAAUUUUGGCAUUGUAGACCUUGAAUGAGACUUUUGCUGUAAAAGAGCUUAUAGAUUCAUUUGUUUGAGCCACAAUUGUUGUAUCUUACAACUCCUUUUUACUUUUCAACAAAUAUAUAUAGCAAGUCUGAUAAAGAUUCUCAUACUUGGAC